CUGGAAAGUGAAAUUUCCACCACAGUAGAAGAUUACAGUUCUGAGGCAAAUGAUUGCAGUUUUGUGACAAGAGCAGCUAUACCUGCAGACUUAAUCAGGGAAGAAGAAUUUGGAGUUGGAGAGAUUUAUUCCGAGCAUGGAAUGCAGCACUCUCGCAUGCAGCUAGAGGUGAUGGAGAAUGAAUUGGCUGGGAAACAACAAGAGAUUGAAGAUCUAAACAGAGAGCUAGAAGAAAUGAGGGCAGCCUAUGGUACAGAAGGAUUGCAACAGCUGCAAGAAUUUGAAGCUGCUAUCAAAAAAAGAGAUGACAUUAUCACUCAGCUCACUACUAACCUACAGCAGGCACGGAAAGAAAAGGAUGAAACUAUGAGGGAGUUCUUAGAGCUUACGGAACAAAGUCAAAAACUGCAAAUUCAGUUUCAGCAUUUGCAGGCAAGUGAAGCCCUAAGGAAUACCAGCCAUAGUUGCACAGCUGCUGAUUUGUUGCAAGCCAAGCAACAGAUACUUUCGCAUCAGCAACAGCUAGAAGAACAAGAAUGUCUGCUGAAGAAUUAUCAAAAAAAGAAUAAAGAAUUUGAAGUGCAAAUUACACAUCUUCAAGACAAAAUCACAACAUAUGAAAUGGAAAAGCACAAAAAUGAGGAAGAUGAUUUGAGUAAACUACAAGAAAAAGAAGCAUUAGUUGAACAGCUGGAAGCAAAACUUGGAGAAGAAGAAAAAAAUUCAUUUCAGCUUAAGGAAAAAUUAUCAGAUGUCAGUAAAUUACUUGACGAAUUGAAAGAACAGAUUUCACUAAAGGACCAGGAGAUAAGUAAUAUGAAAGUUGAGCUUACCACCUAUAAACAGAAAGAAAGACAAUGUUCUGAUGAAAUAAAACAGUUAAUGGGAACUGUGGAAGAACUGCAGAAACGAUGUUACAAAGACAGCCAGUCUGAAGCUGACAUGGUGCAAAGAAUGGAAUUAGAAACACAAAGGAGACUGGCACAACUUCAGGCUGAAUUAGAUGAAGUGCAUGGCCAGCAGAUUGUGCAAAUGAAGCAAGAAUUAAUUAAGCAACAUGCAAUGGAAAUAGAGCAACGUCUUUUGCAACAAAAAGUAGAAUUGGAGAAAAUUUCAAGUCUAUGUUUGGAUGAGAAAGUUAAUAAAGAUCAAAUGCAUUUAAUGAAUAUCGAAAUUAAUGAAUUGAAUGUGAAAUUGCAGGAUGCUGAUAAUGAAAGGGAAAAAAUAAAGCAAGAAUUGUCACAACAGAUGGAAGUCAUUUCAGCAGAGAAUUCUCUUCAGCAAGCUAAAAUUGAAGAUCUUUUCCAGGAACUGAAUUUUUCAAGAGAGCAGGUUCAAAGAGCGAAACAAACUAUUGUGGAUAUGGAGUGUAGAUUAAAUGAAGCUGAAAAGUACCAGGUUGUGAUUGAAGAUUUAAAAACUCAGCUGACUUCUGAGUCUGAAUUUAGGAAGGAACUGGAAUUAAAACAUGAGGCAGAAGUCACAAAUUACAAAAUAAAACUUGAAAUGCUAGAAAGGGAGAAGGAUGCAGUUUUGGACAGAAUGGCAGAGUCUCAAGAAGCAGAAUUAGAGAGACUGAGAACAAAGCUUCUGUUUAGUCAUGAGGAGGAACUUUCCAGACUUAAAGAAGACUUAGAAAAAGAGCACAUGUUGAACAUGGAAAGCCUUAAAGAUAACUUGAAUAUGCACCAUAAACAGCAGUUAGAUGAGGUACAAAAUGAAAUGAGUCGAAGGAUAGAAGCCAUGCAAUACGAAAAGGACAACUUAAUCACAAAGCAAAAUCAGUUGAUAUUAGAGAUUUCAAACCUUAAAGAUUUACAGCAGUCUAUCGUAAAUUCUGAAUCUGAGGAAAUGACACUUCAAAUCCAUGAGCUGCAGAAGGAGAUUGAAGUACUUAGGCAAGAGGAAAAAGAAAAAGGUACUCUUGAACAAGAAAUUCAAGAGCUGCAACUUAAAACUGAGUUGAUGCAGGAACAAAUGAGGGAGAGAGAAGAUAGCCUUCAAAGAAAAUGUUCAGAACUUGAAACACAAAAUAACCUUCUUAAGGGGGAAAACAAAAUUCUGGAAGAGAAAGUAAAAAGAAUGUUGGUAAGCUCUGAAGAAAACGUCAUUUUUAACAACAGCAUUAGCUCUAAGUCAGAAAUUUUGGACUUGCAAAAAAGAAUAGAAAAGCUUAUUACUGAAAAUGAGCAACUUAAAAACCAAAACGAUCAACUCCAAGAGGAUACUGAAAGGCAGAAGAGUGCCUUUUCAUUUACUGAGAAAAAACUUGAAGCUAAUUAUAAAGAGCUGCAGAAAGAAUGUGCAAGUCUUCUGAAGGCAAAAACUGAGUUAGAAGAGAACAUGAAUAAGCAGGAAGCUGAAUAUAAAAGCAAACUGAAAGCUUUGAAUGAAAAACUUCACCACUUACAAAGCAAUAGGCCAGUUUUAUUUAAAACUACAACUUCUGAUUUUGAAGGAAGUAAAGAAAUUAAGGUGUCCAGGGCAGACACAUUUGAGGCUGGAGAAGUUGUUGAGAAAGAUGCGACAGAACUUAUGGAAAAGCUUGAGGUUACCCAGCGUGAGAAACUGGAAUUAUCCCUGAGACUUUCCGAUCUCUCUGAACAGUUGAACUCAAAGCAUAGUGAAAUUUGUAAUUUAAAUGAAAAAGUGAAAUCCUUAAAAGAUGAGAAAGAACAAGUCCUAGCAAGAUGUAAAGAACUAGAAGUCGUUAUUAGCCGUGCUCAGAGAGGACAUAAUAGUAGUAAUGACCCUAAACCAAAAUGCUCUAAAGGAAAAACUCUAAAGACUGUUGCUCCAGCAUCUGACAAUAGAAAUAAAACGCCUCGUUCAAGGAAUAAAGUUGAUAAAGGAAUAAAUGCAAGAGGAAAACUAGGUUCAGAUAAAGAUAUCAGUCAUGAAGUAACAGAAAGAAAGGAAGUUGAGCAAAUCUUGAAACCAGAACAGCAGUCUCUUGUAGAACAUUUGCAUGGGAUGACAGACAGGCUGACAGAUGAAACAUCGUUAAUAGCCUUUACGCAGAGUGAAAAUAAUAAUCUUCAGCAGCAAGUGGAUGCCUUAAAAUCAGAACAGACUGAUUUACAGCUACAGAUGGAAGCACAGCGUAUUUGCCUGUCCCUGGUUUAUUCAGCUCACGUAGAUCAGGUUCGUGAGUACCUGAAGGCAGAAAAAGAGAGUGCACUUUGCAGUCUGAAAGAGGAGCUUGUACACAGUCAUCUUCAAGAGAUGAAUGAUCUUAAAAAAAUGCAUCAGCUGGAGCUCCAGACCUUGAAAAUUCAACAAGCAGAUAAUGAAGUCAAAUCUACACAAAGACUUAUAGAAAAACUGAAUGAAGCUGUAACUGAGGAAUGUUCUAGGAUUGCUCAGAUUUUGUGUGACAAACAGAAUGAACAUUCUUCAGUUGCUGUAGAAGUUGGUGAUGGGGAACAGGAAAUUUUCUGUAGACCUGAUGUGAAAGAAAAACUGAAUCUAGAAUUACCAAUACACAGAGGUCAAGCUCAAGCUGUGCAAGAACGUAUGGAUGCACUUCUACACAAGAUAAUGGAAGAAUAUAGUAGGCUGAAAGCACUUCAAACCCAGCUCAUGAAGGAUUGUAAACAGGUCAAAGAACCGUGUCUGUCUCCUUCAGAAAGGAGGAAAGAAGAGGAAUCUAGCCAUCUGGAAACAAGAAAAGAAUGUCUGCAGACCCCUUUACAGGGUCUAAUGGAUCCUACGAUUCAAGAAUACUGUUCGAAGGAGAUAGGGGACCUUAAAACACAACUUGAAGAACAGCAUAGUCAAGAACUGGAACACCUUCGAUCCUAUUUCCAACAGCAGCUGAAAGAAAGUGAAGAGAGGUACACUACAGAGAUUGUCCAUCUCCAGGAUAAGCUUCAGAGUGCUGGGGUAUCCUCUGACCACACAAGUGUAUCCACAGAUUCACAAAUAAAACUAAAAGAAGUCUGCAGGAAAGUGAAGUGCACUGAAAAUCUCCAUCAGCAAAGAACAGAUGAAGCACUCGAGCUUGCUAGUGAAAUUGAAAUGCAGAAUGAUCUGGAUGUUGUUCAGUUGCUAGAAAAACAGUACCAAGAAAGAUUAGAAGAAGAAAUAGCAAAGGUAAUUGUGUCAAUGAGCGUAGCCUUUGCCAAACAGACUGAAUUGUCAAGAAUCACUAGGCAGAAGGAAGAAGAAACACAAACACAGAUUGUACAUCAACAGGGAAUGCAUUUUGAAGAUAAAGAACAAUGUAGUGAAGAAGAGGUUGACAUCCCUCUUAGAAAAGCAACAGAGAAAGACAAUAAGCAUGAAGAAGGGUUGAAAUCACUUUGCAAGGAACUCAGUGAAGAGUCUGGUGAGAUGAAUUCACUUGCAGAACAGCUUCAUUCUAAUAGCAGGCCUGGUUGCAUAGUAGGACAGACCACACAUGCAUCAGUGAUUUCUGAAGAACUUUUUUCACAUGUCAAAGAGCUUACAGCAGAAGAAACACAGCACUACAGUGAGAUGAUGGCAUCAGACACACAAACAUCAAGUCAGCUGUUGUUGUAUGAGGAACGUUUGGAAGACAUGCGACAGGAGCUAGUACGGCAGUAUCAGGAGCAUCAGCAGGCAACAGAAUUAUUGAGACAAGGGCACAUGCGGCAAAUGGAACGUCAGAAAGAAAACCAAGAGCAACUCUUAGCAGAACUUGAGAGUCUUAAAGUGCAAUUAGCUGAGCAUGUCUCAAUGGAGAAUGACAGCCUGGUUGCAGAGAGAGAGAGAAUGCUUUUAGAAGAACUGGAAUCAUUAAAACAACAUUCCGAACUCGGAAAAGAGAGGCUGUUUUGUGAGCUACAAAACAACAGCACACAAACAGAGAGUGAAAAUGAAAACAAAAACGGUGUGAGAGAGCAGAUCUUUGAGGAUGAAGAUGGAGGAAGAAAGUCUGAUGAAACACCUUCAUCUCUUCUUUCUAAAGAAAGGCAUGUUUUUCAGAAGGCUAAUGAGAAACUCAUGAAGAUUCUUUUAGAAGUUGUGAAGACAACUGUGGCCAUGGAGGAGACAAUUGGUCGCCAUGUUCUCGGGUUACUGGAUCGGACUGGGAAAGUCCAGCCUUCCAAAAUAGCUGGAUGGGACACAGAAACAGAGGAGUCAGUAAAACCCUGUGUCCGUGUGGGAUAUGAAAAAGGCAAGAACAGGCAUUAUAUCAUUUUGCCAUUUAGGUACCAUUUAGGUGCCAUUAAGGUUGUGUACUUUCAUGCUGGAUCUUAUGGGAAGGCAACAUACAACAAUCAGUUCAGCCUGAAACACGUUAUACAUCUGGAUUUGGCGGGAUUUUUAACUACUGUGAAUGAGAAAAGGAACUGGAAGUCAAACACAUUUCAGUAUUAA